AAUAAUUCCACACUUCCUCCGUGAGGUGGACUACCUGGUAUGCACAGAAGUGGACAUGAAGUUCCGCGACCACGUGAGUAUGGAGAUCCUGUCCCCCCUCUUCGGCACCCUGCACCCCGGUUUCUACCAGGCAGCCCGCAAGGACUUCAGCUACGAGCAUUGGCCACAGUCCCAGGCACACAUCCCCAGGGACAAGGGCGACUUUUACUACAUGAGGACCUUUUUUGGGGGGUCGGUGGUAGAGGUUCACCGACUGACCUUGGCCUGUCACCAGGCAAUGGGGGUCAACCUGGCCACUGGGAUUGAGGCUGUGUGGCACAAUGAGAGCCACCUGAACAGGUACUUGCUGGACCAUAAGCCCAUUAAGGUGCUGUCCCCAGAGGACCCGUGGGUCCCUCAGCUGCUGGGCUGGCGCCCCAUCAUGAAGAAGCUGAGAUUCAUGGCUGUGCCCAAGAAUCACCAGGACAUCAGCAAUGGUUAUUGCUUGAGGGGUCGUUUUGCUGCCUGCCGGGUCUUUCACUUGAGUUAA